AUGGGAGCGGUCCUCGCGAUCCCCAGUCUCCUUGUUCCCUCCGUCGCGACUCUCUGGUCGGUGGGUGCAUCAUGCUGCGGAGCGGCGUCAUGUUCCAUGCUAUGUGGAACAUGCGGCAUGUCCAAGUUCAGGUCGUCAAUCGCUACGAGAAUUGCAUAUGCGAUGAUUCUGCUGGUGAACAGUAUCCUGGCCUGGAUCAUGCUUACACCAUGGGCCAUCCGGAAGCUUGAACAUCUCACUCUCGACUAUAUGACCUUCAAAUGCGGUUCUUCUCGAUGUUACGGUUAUUUCGCAGUUCAGCGCAUCAAUUUCGCCCUUGCUUUAUUCCACCUCCUGCUUGCCAUCCUCCUCAUUGGCGUCAGGAGCACAAGAGAUACUCGGGCAGGCCUGCAAAACGGGUUUUGGGGUCCAAAGAUUCUGGCUUGGAUCGCCUUCAUAGUGCUCUCAUUCUUCAUUCCCGAGGGGUUCUUCCUCUUUUGGGGAAAUUAUGUUGCCUAUGUGGGAGCCAUGCUUUUUGUUCUUCUGGGACUUAUUCUCCUUGUCGACCUUGCCCAUAGUUGGGCUGAACUGUGUCAGGAUAAGAUUGACGAAGGAGAUGGUCCCCAUUACAGGCUUUGGCAAGCUCUGCUUAUGGGGUCGAGUCUAGGCAUGUAUCUGGCCGCCCUUGCCAUGACAAUAGUCAUGUACAUCUUCUUCGCGAGCACUGGAUGCAGCAUGAACAUCUCGGCUAUCACCAUCAAUCUGGUGUUCAUCUUUAUCAUCACUCUGCUCAGUGUCAACCCCACGAUUCAAGAUGCGAACCCCAAGGCAGGACUGGCGCAGUCGGCCAUGGUCGCGGCUUAUUGCACCUACCUCACGCUUUCAGCCGUCUGUAUGGAGCCCGACGACAAACAUUGCAACCCCCUCAUCCGGGCUCGAGGCGCACGAACAACCACGGUCAUCCUUGGCGCCGUUGUCACCAUGCUAACAAUCGCAUACACCACGACUCGAGCAGCCACGCAAGGCUUCGCACUUGGAGCGAAUGCCGGCAAGAACAAAUAUGCACAACUCACCCAGGACGAGUAUGAACACGGCUUGGUCACUCAACAACCCGCAUCUCGUCGGGAGAUUAUGAGAGCGGCUGUAGAAAGUGGUGCGCUGCCGGCGUCCGCCUUGGAUGAAGAUUCAGAGGAUGAGGACGAGGUGGUUGUGAGUUCCAAGGACGACGAACGGCAGGGCACCCAGUAUAACUACAGCCUGUUCCACGUGAUCUUCUUGAUGGCAACUUGCUGGGUAGCCACCCUUUUGACACAGAAGAUGGACCCUGAGAAUUCGAGUGACUUUACGCCGGUCGGACGGACGUACUGGGCAAGUUGGAUUAAGAUUGUGAGCGCUUGGGUGUGCUAUGGGAUUUACAGUUGGAGUCUUGUUGCGCCGGUGGUGCUUGAAGGCAGGGAUUUCUCCUGA